GCAACCAGCCUGAAUGCAAGGCGUCCUUUGAAGGGUGUGACCCAAACAGCUUACCAUAGGCGGCAAAGAUUGGGGGUGGGGUGGGCUUGGCAACACCAGGGACGGGAUGUGCGCCCAUGACGUUACAACAUGUUUACAUACAUUCACAGAUGGCAGAGCACGUUGUUGGCGACGACGUGGCGAGCGUUAUGCCAGGGCACAAUUCUUUAACUUGACCAGUUUGAGGGUGGUUGAGUUAUGGUGUGGGGCGGUAUCACACAUGACAGGCGAAGUGAUUUGGUUAUUGUGAAUAGACAUUUGACAGUCCAGCGAUGUGUUGACGAAACGUCCGGUCGUUCCAUUCGUUUGAAAAAUCGGCAGACAUGUUGAACUGCAAGAUGACAAUGCCAGAUCAUAUCGUGCCAAGGUCGCCAUCGAUUAUCUCAGACGAGAAGGUAUACGGACAUUGGACUGGCCCGACCGGAAUAUUGCUGAGUGCGGCGUUAAACAACAAACCAACCAACCACCUCAGCAUAGAGCAUCUGUGGGACCCGGCAACAUUGCCCAGCUUGGGGCAGCUCUCGGCUUAAACCUGAAUAAGCCAGAGCAAUGUCCUCUCUAUUCGGGCAGCUGAAAGCUUUGCUUUGGAGGAAUAUUCUCCUCAAGAAGCGGAACAAGAAACAGCUUAUACAGGAGCUGUUUUACCCAAUCUACUUUGUCCUGCUCCUCUCACUUAUUAAAACUCUCGCCAAGCCAAGUACGACUCCCCCGACCCCGGAGUUCCCCCAGUACAAUCUUACAGACCCACGCUUCAUCCUCAACACCAAAGGAAACAUCCUGGUGGUGCCAGACACACCAGAAGUCAAGGAUAUUAUUGCCAAUGUCGAAGGUUACAUUGGGAGCCUCAAUGUGAUCUACAGCGCCACAGAAGCUGAAGCUGUAGCUUUGUACAAAGCAACUUCAAACAAUGUCUCAGCCGGGAUUGUGUUCAAUGACACAGGAGAUAAUCCUGUCUAUUCAAUACGAACAACGUACAAUGAUGACCUACUUAGUACUAAGUUGUUCACUGGCAAAGGUGAAUGCCUCAAGGCCGACAGGGCUGCAACAGAUUCUAACUGCAAGGCCAAUAAAUAUCUCACGACUGGAUUUGCUUGGCUUCAGCGUGCCAUUGAAGCUGCAUUUAUCAAGAAAAAAUCUGCAACUUUCUCUCUGCCGGAAGUGUUUGUCCAGAUGAUGCCCAAGGAGGAAUUUAGGAGUGAUGUCACGUACAUCCAGUAUCUGGCGUCGGUCUACUUUGUUAUGGCUUACUCGUCCUUCGUGAACUUCCUCACUGUCAACAUAGUAGCCGAGAAGGAGAAGAAGAUACGGGAAGGGAUGAAAAUGAUGGGCCUGAGGGACUCCGUUUUGUGGUUAUCAUGGAGUUUGACAUACACUUUACUCAUCGCCGUGGUAACAGCUGUCAUCACUAUCAUUGCCUAUGGCUUCGGGUUCUACAGCAGAAGCAGCAAUUUGUUCAUCUUUUUCCUGUUGAUGCUGCUAUAUGGGAUCUCAAUCAUCACCAUGGCGUUUGCAGUCACACCGUUCUUCCGCAAGGCGCAGGCAGCAGGCAUGGUCACAAGUUUCGCAACCAUAGCAAUCAGUUGUCUGUAUUUUGCUGUUAGCCUGACAAGGGAGACCACUCGUGAUGGCUAUCACUACCCUUAUGCCCCAGGAGGAGUCUGGGCCAUUUGUCUUUUGUCUCCAGUUGCUUUAGCCUUGGGCAUAGACCAGGGUAUUUACCUGGACACUGCUAAAGGAGGAAUGACAUUCGCCAACAUGUCCGAGGGGGAGUUUCCACUGUCUGGCCCAAUCAUCAUGCUGGUCGUUGACAUCAUCUUGUAUGCAGUGAUAGCCGUAUACUUCGACCAUGUCAUUCCCGGUGAAUUCGGUCCUCGAUACCCCCCCUGGUAUUUCCUCAUGCCAUCCUACUACUGUCAAAAGAAGAGAAGUGGGGAUUCAGAGUUAUCUGCCCUUACCAGUAAUGACCAUCAAAGCAUCAAUGGCUCUUUCACUGGCAGCAAUCCUAAUAUUGAACCCGUGCACCAAGAUCUCAAGGACAAGGCAGGAGUCCGAAUCAACAACAUAUCUAAAGAUUUUCCAUCCAAAGAAGAAACAGUCCACGCUGUCCGAGGGCUCUCCCUGGACAUGUAUGAGGGGCACAUCACAGCCUUGCUGGGCCACAACGGUGCAGGGAAGACAACUCUCAUCAACAUGCUGUGUGGAUUAACUCCCCCUACUAGUGGCACUGCUACAAUCUACGACAUGGAUGUUUCUAACAGUGGCGACAUGGAGCGCCUUCGGGCCAUGUGUGGGGUGUGUCCACAACACAACAUCCUCUACGAUGACCUCACCACUAAGGAGCAUCUCAUUGUGUUUGCUGGUAUCAAGGGCGUUGCGGAAGAUGGCAAGGAGGAAGCUGUGACAAGGGCUAUGAAAGAUGCAGACAUUUAUGAGAAGGCUGACACAUUUGCCAAGAACCUCAGUGGAGGACAGAAAAGAAAGCUGUCUGUUGCUAUGGCACUCAUUGGAGACCCAAAGAUUAUCUUCCUGGAUGAGCCAACGGCUGGGAUGGACCCUUUCUCACGGCGCCAUCUUUGGUCACUCCUGCAGAACAGCAAAAAGGGACGCAUUAUCUUGUUGACGACUCAUUUCAUGGAUGAAGCAGACAUCUUAGCAGAUCGCAAGGCCAUCAUCAGCCAUGGCACUCUCAGAUGCCUAGGAUCUUCACUGUUCCUCAAGAACAGAUUUGGAAUUGGCUACCAUCUGAACAUGGUGGUCGAGCCUGACUGUAAUGCAGAGACUGUGAGCUCUGUGCUCAGUGAGCAGGUCAAGGGUGUCGAGAUGAAACGCUCCCAUGCCAAGGAGUUGGCCUUCACCUUGCCCCUCUCGGAAGUGUCCACUUUCUCAAAUAUGUUUUCAUCCCUGGAGCUGAAAGUUAACGGGACAACUCAGGCAGAAAAGCUUGGUAUAAAGAGCUAUGGUGUUUCAAUGACAACAUUGGAAGAAGUAUUCCUCAAACUAGGUGAGGACACUGAUGAAAAUCCUGCUCCUGGACGUGGAAUUGAAAACCCUGCCUAUGAUGAAAAUGGUCUCAGAUCCACUCAGCAAGUGUUUUCCGAAAGUGAAAGUCAAGUGAACAUAGAGAUGAAGGAUCCCUCGAACCCUACUCAAAGCUUGGCCAAUAGACCCACAGUCGAAAACCUGACAUCACAGCGAUUCUGGGCAUUAAUGAAGAUUCGAUUCCUAAUUAUCAUUCGGACUCCAAUGGCUGUUAUCUUCCAAAUCCUUCUCCCCAUUGUAUUUGUGGUGGUGGGCUGCGUCCUCAGCACCCUCGGCUCAAGCUCCGCAGAUAGCUCCAAUCCAAAGCCAGUUUCACUGUUCGCAACAUCUGCCACGUAUGCUUCCGCUCCUCUGGCAGCUAUUGACUCUCAAAAUGAUGCUGAUUCCACAACGUUUAUCUCAAAAGUAAAUGACACCUGGCGAGUUGAUAAAAAUCUCAACAUAAGCCUGUUGUUGUACCCAAACCACUUUCUUGGCUUCAACCUUCAACAAUAUCAGACAUCGAACAAUGACAUCAACUACACAGCGUUGUACAACACAACCGCACUCCACUCCCUCCCCACCAUCAUCAACAUCAUGUCCAACACCCUGUACAGUAUAGUAACUGGAGGCUCCAACAUCUCGGGGAGCAGCCUCCCGUGGCCGUCCAUCACGACUCAACUUAAAUACAGUGGAUCAGCGUUCUCGGCAACACUGGUUGUGGCCCUGGCAUUUGCAGUUCUGUCUCCUGGGUUUGCUAUGUUCCUGGUUGUAGAGAGACAGACCAAAACUCGAGGCCAGCAAAGAGUGGCUGGCAUCACCUUCAACAUGUACUGGGCGUCCUUGUUUAUACUGAAUUGCACCAUGUUUGCCAUCCCCGUCGUCAUCUGCAUCAUCAUUGUCGGAGCCGUGCCGGUAGCUUCCCUGAGUUCGGCCGGAGCUAUGGUGUCCCUGGUGUUGCUGUUCAUCACCUACAUCCCUGCCAACAUCCUCGUUGUCUACAACUUGUCCUUUGCCUUUGAUGCGUACGAGACGUGUCAGGCAGUGCUGCCCAAUCUCAUGAUAUUUGGUACACUUUUGCCUUAUGUCGCUGUGUCACUCACGGACAUGCUGGGGUCGGCGGAUGCUGCGACAGCUAUCCACUACGUCAUGACAGUCAUCAACCCACUGUACGCCCUAAUCGGAGGCCUGUACUACAUCGACAGGAUUCACAGGGUAUCUCUCAUCGCGAGAACAGAGAUUGAGUUUGGGAUGUACUUCCAAGGCGACAGCAACAUUCUGAUUACAAUUCUCAUGCCUAUAGUACACUGCGGUUUGCUGUACGUCUUGCUGAGGGUGCUGGAUGUACGAAGCACAGGUGGCAAUAGCAAAGAGGCUUUGAACUGUCAGGGAACCUCCAAAGUCAAUGACAUCCCCGAGGACAACCAAGAUGUCAUCGGCGAUGAAGAUGAAGACGUCGCAGAGGAGAGAAACAGAGUUAAUUCCCUUCAAACAGCAGCUCAGGAUGCUCCUGUAGCCUAUGUUCAGAACAUCAGGAAAGAAUUUGCAAAGGACAUCAAAGCAUUCUGUAAGAAAACUAAGCAAAAAACCAACGUUGCUGUGAGGAAUGCAACAUUUGCCGUGGACUGUGGGGAAGUGUUCGGACUUCUGGGACCUAACGGUGCUGGCAAGACCACAGCUCUCAACAUGAUCAUUGCUGAGACUGGGCCAACUAGGGGAAAGGUUAUUGUAGCUGGACACGACAUACGGUCAAGUAUGUCAUCUGCUUUCCAAGCCAUGGGCUAUUGCGCCCAGCAUGAUGCAUUAUGGGAGAAGAUCACUCUACGUGAGCACAUUGAAUUCUAUGGCUUGCUCCGUGGCCUCUCAAAGAAAGACAGUGUAACCAUGGCAGAUGGCAUGAUCGCAUCUCUGAAGGUUGAAGAACAUGCUAAGAAAGGAGCCAAGAAGCUGUCUGGAGGAACAAAAAGGAAGCUGAGCUACGCUAUCAGCAUGCUGGGCAGUCCAGAGAUUGUGCUGCUUGAUGAACCUUCCACCGGGAUGGACCCUCAGUCCAAGAGAUUCCUCUGGGAUACAAUCAGUGGGAGUUUCGAGGGCACCAAGCGAGGCGCCAUCCUCACCACCCACUACAUGGAAGAGGCAGAUGCCCUCUGCUCCAGAGUCGCCAUCAUGGUCAAUGGAAAGAUUGAGUGUCUGGGGCCUACACAGCACCUGAAGGACAAGUACGGCAGCGGCUACCUCCUGGAGGUGAAACUGAAGACAGGGGGACGUGGAGAAGACAUUGAGGCUAGGAUGGACAGUUUGGAGAGCCAUGUUGUAGCUCUGUUUCCACAGGCCUCCUGUAUGGAGAGAUUCGAGGAACGAGGACAGUACAAGAUACCCAGGGAUAAUGUCAAAUCCUUAUCAGAAACUUUCUCAUCUCUUGAACAAACUAAACAAACCCAUGAUGUAGAGGAGUACAGUUUCAGUCAGUCCACUCUGGAACAGGUGUUCCUGGACUUUGCCAAGAAGCAGCAUGAAGAAGGAGAAGAGGACAAUGUGCCGAAAUCUCUGAUGAGGCAGCUGUCUGAUGGGGGAGGAGACAGGGGCAGCGACAGCCGCGGCAGAGGCAACAUCAGUGUGCGCAUGUGAAUCAAGACCAAUGGAGUUCGAUAACAUCUUAGCUUUGUGGUGCACUUUGUAGUGCAGAAGACUCAGCAAGCAUUUUAAAGCCUUUGUCGUGGUCUACUUGUACCAUGCAAUCAUGAACUAUCUGUUGCCAGAGAAGUACAUGCAACAUGACGGAGGUCAUAUUCAGCUGGCCUCACAGUGACAAGUCAGUAAUACUGAUAACUUUAUACAUGCAUUGUACAUUGUAUAUGUAUAUAAGGCAAUGUGAUUUUCUGGGAGGAGUCCAAUUCAAGCCUAGAAUUCUCAAAGCCUGAAAUUAAGCAUUGUUCUGGGCUCCAUUUGAAUUUUACUUUUAUUUUGUGGAUUUAAAUUUUUAAAUGAGAUAACUUUAUUUCUGGGACUUAAUUUUAGUCUAAGUCACAUUUUAAGAAAGUAUUACAUUCCAGGAUAUCUUGAUAAAUAUCAGGAUAUCAGUUGAUUACGUUUCACUGUAUACUGUUUGACAGCAAUGAUAUGUUUAACAAGAGAUAAACACUUUAUACUUGACAUCAUUUUGAAACAUGUAUCUAAUCACCGUAUCAACAUAUUCAGUGUAUACCUUCGUUUACUAAUUUGCGUUCAACUACUGGGCAUAUGUAACUAUAUACUAAUAACAGCAUUAUGGUAGGUGUAGUUUCCAUGGUUACGUACAUGUAUAUAUUGGAGUGAGUGAGUGAGUUAAUAUUUAAAGUCACAUCAGCAUUGUUUCAGCCAUAUCGUGACUUGAGCAAGUUAUGCAUUUAUAUAAUAUCUUAAGACCUGUCGUCGAAGGACAGUAUAACAACUAGCAAAAUAUCACAGAUUCUAAUUGUAAAACUAGUUUUAGAACAAUAAAAUAAUAUUGGAAAGCACAUUAGACAAUCAACAGGAUUCCAGGAUCAACAGGAUUAAAUUCUUGCCAAAAUAUCAGGAGGUAAAUUGUGAUUGAAUUGACAAUUUGAAACUGAAAAAAUCUUGAUCUGAUUAGUUUAAACUUUAACCUUGGACCACACACUUGAAGAGCAUUAUUAAGUCAAGUAAAUAUGAAGUCAUAAAAAUCAAAUUCUCUUCUUACUAAUUUACUUGUAGAUCCAUGUUCAUCUUACUAACGUAUUAAUGAGUGAGUGAGCAUGUUUUUAAGCCGCCUUUAGCAAUAUUCCAGCAAUAUCACGGCAGGGGACACCAGAAAUGGGCUUCACACAUUGUACCCAUGUCGGGAAUCAAAACCAGGUCUUCAGGGUGACGAGCGAACACUUUAACCACCAGGCUACCCAACCGCCCACCCAGAGUAUUAAAUAGUCUGUACUUAAGUUUCUGUAUCCAUUUCUGCAAAUUAAUAUUUCGAAUACGUUUUUGGAGUUCGAGAUUUUGUAUCCAUCAGUGGAACUUAUACCAAGAUGAUGUUGGAUCAAGACCAGGUCCAGUCAAGUUUGUUUCGUGAUAAACCAUUACUGGAAUAGUCAUUCGUGAUACUUCAACAAUGUAACCUAAAAACAUUAAAAGCCAUAAAAUCAUAACCAGCCAGCAGCCAUGAGAAAAGUAUGUUCAUGUGUGAUCCUUCCCCAGGGUUAGAAGUGAAAGGGUCCCUUGAGGUUUGCUCAGCAGUACCUAGGGACCUCGGGACCUCUAGAUAUUUAACAUUGGGAUUAUGUCCGCUUGGCAUCCAUGCAUAUUUUUUAACACUGAUCCAUGUAUACUGAUUAAUGUCAUGAUGUAAUUCCAUAUUAAGGUUAUACAUCUGUUUUUUGUGCACUUCCUGCCAUCAUUGCCACUUGCCAGUUGUGACCAGUUGUAUCCCAUCUGCCACACUUGUAACUGUAGCUUCCUUCAAUCAGCAGCUCAAGAGUCCUGUGAUAAAUGAGAAGAUGUGAUGUUAAAUGAAACCCAGUUAGUUAGUCUGAUGCCACCAGUACUUACACUACUACUGGACAGAAUAUCUGGGACCAAUCCGAAAGUCUCUUUCAUUCAGCCAUUAGACAGGCUAUCUCUGACCAAUCAGAAGGUCUCUUUCAUUCUGCCAUAAGACAGAGUAUCUCUGACCAAUCAGAAGGUCUCUUUCAGUCAGCCAUUUGACAGACUAUGUCUAACCAAUCCGAAACUCUGUUGUAAUAUGUCCUUUCUCAGUCAACCAUUAGACUUAGCAUUACACCACUGCCACAAACAAAUUUGCAUACCGUAUUCGACGUAAUAAGCGCCCCGCUCUAAUAAGCGCCCACGUCGAGAUUUGCAUAUAUAUUGGCAAGUGAACAAUCCCAAUUAGCACUCCUUCCGACCCCUAUUCGCAUAUAAUACGCAGCGCUUCCUUUCCCUAUUCGCGUAUAAUACGCACUCGUGUGUUAUAUGCACACUUUAUUAUUGGCAAUUAAAUUUUGGAAAAAAAUGUAUUUGUCGUACAUAAACAUUUCAGGCUGUCAGCAUAAACCACGAAAUUUAUCUUUUCAACUCCAAAAUAAUAUUCUAAUAAGAGCCCCCUAUUUCUAAUUUUGAGAGCGCCCUGGGCGCUUAAUACGUCGAAUACGGUAUCAGGACUGCGCAUUCUGAAACCGCAGCAGCCAAACCUGGUGCAAGUGUUUCAAUGCAAUUUACAUAUUGUUCUGAAUAAUAUUUAAGAUGUGCUAAUGCACCAGCAACAGUAGUGGUAUGACAUAUCUGUACACAUCAAAAUGACUGUGUUGCUAUCUAUCUGCAGGGCUUCAAAUCUGCUUCAAAUCUGCACCUAGAACCAUACCACCAUUGUAAACAUAGUUUUUAGGAUAUUUUAUCGAAGAAAGUGAACAAUUUCAUGCCAUAUGCUUGUCUGAAUGUGUAGAGUUUUAAGGACUGUAAUAGAUGAAAAACCUAUGUAAUUUGUUGAAUCGAAUAAGUAAGAUAUGACGAAUUUGUUUGAUUUUGUUUUAAUAUUGGGUCAGGAGAAUGAGUAAAAAUAUGAAUUCUCUGUUAUCCAUUUUUCAUUUUUGUGAAAUGUUACAGGAAUGUCAAUUCUUUUUUGUCCGUUUCUUUUAAACUUUAUACUUUUAAAGUUGCCAUGGAACAAAGUUACUCACUAUUUAGAGUACCAGUGGAGACAUCACUUCAUAAUUGUAACCUGUUUAUAAUUGCCGACCACAUACAUAUCCACUAUACAGACAUAUACUAUUUGAAAUGAUCUCAUGUUUACCAGUAGUUUAUAACAGUAAAGACAGGAUAUGUUAUGGAUGACGACUUCUAUAUUCUAUUGCAAUAGUUUAUAAGCUGUUGUUUACUGAAUUUAACACACUGACAUGUUAAAAUGUGAGUUUGAGGUUUUUUAGUGUGCUUGUUUCAAGUAUUGAGAUACAAUUAUUGUUUUUUAUAUGUGUUUGCGUACUUAACAUUAAGCAGGUAUAUUUGGUGUUUGUUUUUAAUACUGUGGUGUAUGUCAACAGAUAUGCUUUAAUAUCACCUUGGAUAUAGAGUGUGAAACAGGUAUUUUACCUGACACUUAUUAACCGAAAUAUUUGGGUCAGAGUUUUACUGUAAACUUGUCCCAGUCAAAAUGGCAUAUAUUUUGUCUAUCAUUUACAUAUAUUUCAGCCUAUGAAAGUAUUGGGUCUUCUUUUGGGCAACGAAACUAAACUUUCACAUAUUGUGCAUUAAAUUUUUUUUUUUUCUGAGAAAAUCAGAUGAAGAUAACAAUAAAAUGAAAUAAAUUGUAUUGGCUUACACUCAUGUGGUACAGCACGUAAUAUAUUGACAACUAGAAUACCAAUAUAUAUUUUACCACAUUUAUUGUAUAAUUUUUUAUUUUUUUUAUAUAUGUUUCCCUUAAUUGUUCCCCCUAAAUGUCAUAGGUGCCAUGAGAAUUGGCGGGAUGUCAUGGCAAGUGGUCUGAAGUCUUUCUGAUCUGGAUCAUGUCAUGUUGAGCAGCAUGGUUUCAUGUCAUGUUGAGCAGCAUGGUUUCAUGUCAUGUUGAGCAGCAUGGUAUCAUGUCAUGUUGAGCAGCAUGGUAUCAUGUCAUGUUGAGCAGCAUGGUAUCUUGUCAUGUUGAGCAGCAUGGUUUCAUGUCAUGUUGAGCAGCAUGGUUUCAUGUCAUGUUGAGCAGCAUGGUAUAGCAUGGUAUCAUGUCCUGUUGAGCAGCAUGGUAUCAUGUCCUGUUGAGCAGCAUGGUAUCAUGUCCUGUUGAGCAGCAUGGUUUCAUGUCAUGUUGAGCAGCAUGGUUUCAUGUCAUGUUGAGCAGCAAGGUAUAGCAUGGUAUCAAGUCAUGUUGAGCAGCAUGGUAUCACGUCCUGUUGAGCAGCAUGGUUUCAUGUCAUGUUGAGCAGCAUGGUUUCAUGUCAUGUUGAGCAGCAUGGCAUAGCAUGGUAUCAAGUCAUGUUGAGCAGCAUAGUAUCAUGUCCUGUUGAGCAGCAUGGUUUCAUGUCAUGUUGAGCAGCAUGGUUUCAUGUCAUGUUGAGCAGCAUGGUAUCAUGUCAUGUUGAGCAGCAUAGUUUCAUGUCAUGUUGAGCAGCAUGGUAUCAUGUCAUGUUGAGCAGCAUGGUUUCAUGUCAUGUUGAGCAGCAUGGUUUCAUGUCAUGUUGAGCAGCAUGGUUUCAUGUCAUGUUGAGCAGCAUGGUUUCAUGCUGAGCUUCAUACUGCCAUGGCCACAAGCUUGAUGUAUUACAACCACCUUCCUGUCAUGACAAGUCCUUCCAGCCCAGACAUCUGUAACUGCCAGUAAUGAAUUUGAUAUAGAUGUGUUUCUUGCAGUUCGUUUUCAAUUUCUUUCUUUUUUCAACCAAACAAUUCCAAAAUUUUAUAUUACUUAUUAUAUUUUUACAGCCUAGAUAUGUCAUCCUUAUAGGCCAGUGUGUUUAUCUUCUGAUAGCUAGUAAUACCCAAGCUAUGAUAUUCAAUGUUGUUUGUGUAGAAUGUUAUCUGGAUAAGCUUAUGUUCUUAUCAAAUACCAAAAUACACAAGGCAUAAUAUAAAAAUACAAAAUUGUUAGGAUUUAAUUAUGUUUAUUUACAAUAAAUAUUAAUUUUAAAUAUAAAAUAUUUUGUCAAAAGUAAAUAGAAAUAUGCAUUUGAAUUUUGAAUUCUUCCUGCAAAUAACUUUUAUUUAUUGUUUUCACUUUAGCAAUACAUAGUGGAGGCUGAGCUGUCAAAAAUAAAUUGUUUUGGCCGAAAAUGAGGAUUGGGGACCACUUUAAGGGGAAUACCGGAAGUCUUUCUUUUGACUUUUAUAUAUUGAGAAGAAAAGUCCUGCGGAUAUUUGGACAAAAAUGAAAUAUUUUUACCAGAUUGUUUUCUAUAGUUGAGAAUAUUUGUAUGUUCAUCUGUCUACUGUUAUUGAAUGAUUGUUUUUAUUGUAAUUUGUUACAGAUUAUUAAAAACUAUUUACAUUUU